AUUAAUACAAAAAGCUCCGUCGUUCAAAAAUCACAAUUAUUUUUCGCAUUACAAUAAAAGCGUGCAUUUUGCAAUUUAGUAUGCGAUAGCUUUAAUUUUACAAAUUAUAAUAAUAUUAAUAAAUUUUAUUCGCUGAAUAAUAAAAUGUAUAUCGUAUUAAUGAGUCGGCAACGUCAACAACAGAAGUUGCAACAACAACAAUUGUUGGUCCAACAACAACAAAUGGCCGACAAUGAAGCUGCUGCAGCUGCGGCUGAAAUGUUCGAUUUAUUUUGUAUGGCGACCACCAUGAGACAGAUACUUGGACUUCAUAGAAAUAUGUGCGACGUCAUAAAUAUACGCCCAUCUGUUAUAAAUGAAUUCUAUCCAAAAUUGAAACAGAAAAUUCGUUCAUGGAAAGCUCAAGCAUUAUGGAAGAAAUUUGAUGCGCGUGCUGCCCAUCGUGUCUAUGCAAAAGGUAAUGCGUGUAGCGGUACGCGUGUACUAGUCAUAGGAGCGGGUCCUUGUGGAUUGCGCACAGCUAUAGAAGCACAAUUGUUAGGUGCUAAAGUUGUCGUCGUUGAGAAACGUGAUCGUAUCUCACGCAAUAAUGUACUACAUUUAUGGCCUUUUGUUAUAACGGAUUUGCGUAAUUUAGGUGCAAAAAAAUUUUAUGGUAAAUUUUGCGCAGGUUCAAUAGAUCAUAUCUCCAUACGACAACUGCAAUGUAUACUACUCAAAGUAGCUUUAUUACUGGGUGUCGAAAUACAUGAGGGUGUAUCAUUCGAGCGUACCAUUGAACCAAGCGGUGAUGGCUGUGGUUGGAGAGCUGUUGUCACACCAGCAGAUCACGCAGUCUCGCAUUAUGAAUUCGAUGUUUUAAUCGGAGCCGAUGGUAAGCGAAAUACAUUGGAGGGGUUUAAAAGAAAAGAAUUUAGAGGAAAAUUGGCAAUUGCAAUAACUGCAAAUUUUAUAAAUAAGAAAACAGAAGCCGAAGCAAAAGCUGAAGAAAUAAGUGGUGUAGCGUUUAUUUUUAAUCAGUCAUUUUUCAAAGAGCUCUACGAAAAGACUUAUAUAGAUUUAGAGAAUAUAGUUUACUAUAAAGAUGAAACUCAUUACUUUGUAAUGACAGCGAAAAAGCAUAGUCUAAUCGAUAAGGGAGUUAUAAUACAGGAUUUUGCAGAUCCAGCAGAACUACUAGCAAUUAAUAAUGUAAAUAGUGAAAAAUUGCUAGAUUAUGCUCGAGAAGCUGCUGAAUUUUCCACAAAAUAUCAGAUGACAAAUUUAGAAUUUGCCGUAAAUCACUACGGAAAACCAGAUGUUGCCAUGUUUGAUUUUACAUCAAUGUUUGCAGCUGAAACCUCUUGUAAAGUUAUUGUACGUAAAGGUUUUCGACUGUUGCAGUGUCUUGUGGGAGAUAGUUUACUAGAACCAUUUUGGCCCACUGGUUCAGGCUGUGCACGUGGUUUUUUGUCAAGUAUGGAUGCAGCAUAUGCAAUUAAAUUAUGGAGCAAUUCACAUAAUAGUACCUUAGGCGUAUUAGCACAACGAGAAAGUAUAUAUAGAUUAUUGAAUCAAACAACACCUGAGAACCUACAGCGAGAUACGGGCUCAUAUACUGUGGAUCCAGCAACACGAUACCCAAACUUAAAUCGUACCUCAGUUAAUGUAUGGCAAGUAAAGCAUCUUAUAGACACUGAUGACCCAUCGAUAUUGGAACAAACAUUUAUGGAUACCAAUGCUUUGCAACCAACACAAGUAGAUUCACCAGUACGCAGAAAGCGACGUAGUGGUGACACGCUUCCAUUUGGUACAGUACUACUUUGUUGGAUAAGCGCACAAUUACAUAAGCAUGAUUUUGUGAAUAGUCUAAAACAAGUAUCUGAUGUAUUCACCAAUGGGAAAGUUCUUUGUGCUCUAAUUAAUCGUUAUCGACCAGACUUAAUAGAUUUUAACGCUGUUAAAGACUUAAGUCCAGUUGAAUGCAAUGAGAUUGCAUUUCAAAUAUUGGACAGAGAACUUCAUAUACCUCGUAUAAUGUCCGGUGAGGAGUCAGUGCAAUUAAAUGCAACUCAGUCGAAAGUGUGGCUAAAUUAUUUAGAACAAAUUUAUGAUGUUUUUCGUGGUGAAAUACCACAUGUUAAACAUCCUAAAAUGGACUUCCCAGAACUACGUGAAAAAUAUCGUGUACAUCAUGGCCGCGCUGAACCAGAUUUCUCAAAUCUAUUACAAAUUUCCUCAAAACAAAAAACAAAGCUUAUUGAUGCUCAAAAUGUAGGUCAAAAACGAUCUAUUUUGGAUGAAGAAAGACUGAAGCGUUUGCGUAAGCACGAAUUGAAUGCUGAUGGUGAAAACGUCGAAUUAGCCGCUGCUGGUAGUGUACAACAAGCACAUACUGAUACACCACGUCGCGCGAAAAAGAGAAGAAGCGCUGAGAAAGCAACUAAUAUUGAAGAUCGUCAAAAGCGUCUACAAGAAAUCGAACAAAACCGUCAAGAUCGUUUGAGCAAGCGUCGACAGCAACGUUACCAACAAACCCAAAACUUUUAUAAAAGCUUGCAUAUGUUGCAAGCGAAUACUCUAUUACGUGAAAGUGAUGAAAAUUCACCUUUCGAGGAUUAUUCGAUUUUUCUCUAUAGGCAACAAGCUCCUGAGUUUAAUGAUCGUGUUAAAGAAUUGGAACGCAAGCUGUUAUAUCCUGAUCGUGAUCGCGGUGACAUACCCUCUGCUCUACCACGUAGUAAUGCCGAUGAGCAAUUUAGUGAUCGCAUCAAGUCCAUGGAGCAACGCAUCACCUCUCGUAACACUUAUGGUACAGAUAAAAAACCCAAAGACUUAAUGCGUGCCAUUGGUAAAAUUGAUAGUAACGAUUGGAAUGUACGUGAGAUUGAGAAAAAAAUAGAACAAUCUAAAAAAACUGAAAUACACGGUCCGAAAGGGCGCGAAAAGGUUCCCAAAUGGAGUAAAGAACAGUUUAAAGCACGCCAAAACAAAAUGUCUAAACCUAUGCGUAUGGAUUCUAAUGAGGAGAAGUUUAAAGAAAUUGAUCAAACCUUAAAAAAUCUAGAUAAACAAUUAAAAGAAGGUUCGAUUCUUGAAGUUGGUGAACGUGGUCGAAAUAAAGUUGCAUCUAUAGCUGGCCAAUUUGUUAAAAAGGAUGAUAUAUCUGAUGAAAAAAAUCCCCCCACUGUAGUACAGAAAUCUAGUUCCAAAGUUGCUUUAGCUUUCAAAAAGCAAGCAGCAGCCGAAAAAUGUCAUUUCUGCAAACAAAUUGUUUACCUUAUGGAAAAAGUAACUGCCGAAGGUUUAAUAUUACAUCGAUCGUGCCUCAAAUGCCAUCACUGUCACACUAAUUUACGUUUAAAUGCAUAUGCAUUCGAUCGUGAUGAUCCUAAUGGAAGAUUUUAUUGUACACAACAUUUCAGACUGCCAGCAAAAGCAAUACGUCCAAUGGUUAGAAAACCUGGGCAAAGAAAACCAACGCAACAACAACAAGCUGCAGCAGCUGCAGCUACAACGGUUAUAGAAGUCGCGAGUAAUGCUAAUCUUGAUCGUAAGCCAGUUGAUAAGUUACGUAGUCAUACUGAUAAUGUAGCUCAAAUAGAUUUACUAGAUCGUGGACAAACACCUGAACGUAUAGAGUUUGAAAAUACAGAUGCCAUGUCUGAUGGUGAACCAUCUGAAGAACAUAUUAUAGAUGAGCAUGAGUGGUCUGGUCGCAACUUUUUGCCAGAAUCAAAUAAUGACUCUGAAUCAGAUCUAUCAAGUUCAGAUGAAUCUGAUACCGAAAGUGAUUCAGAUAUGUUUGAAGAGGCAAAUGAUUCACCUUUAGGUGCACAAACUUUACAGUUAGCAACAGACUGGAUUGGCAAACAAAACUAUACAGACAGUGAUGAUGUUGAAUUUGAUUAUUCAAGUGAUGGUUUACCUGAUAAUGAUGAUACGGAAGGAGAAGAAUUCAAAAAGGCUCGUGAACUCCGUCGAGAAGAAGUACGCUUAUUACCACUGCCUGCAAAUUUGCCAACAGAUACUGAAACUGAGGUUCAAACGGAGUCAGACACAACAUCACCCAAUGAAGCUGAACUCAAUUCUGCUACUGAAAUAUCCACAGACUCAGAGUUUGAAAACGAUGAAGUUAUUCGAGAAGCACCAAAAAUUCUUAUAGAUGAUACACACAUAAAAAAACCAACAAAAGUGAAGAUAAAAUCAGCUGUAAUAACUACUUCAACAAGCAAUAAACACAAUAUAAGAGAAGGUAGCUAUUUAGCAAAAUAUCAAACACAACAUCAACCGCCACAGCCACAAUUUAAGCCCCUAGUUCAAGUAGAUCCAACACUUCUAAAUAGUAAUCGUGCACCAUUACAAAACCCCCGUCCAGGUGAUUAUUUACUUAAUAAAACUGCCAGUACUGAAGGUAUUGCAUCCAAAAAGAGCUUAGAACUAAAGAAGCGUUAUUUACUUGGCGAGGCAGUAAGUGGUAAUAAAAUACAAAAGUCAGGUUCGACCUCAGUACUAGAUUCAAAAAUACGUAGUUUUCAAUCAAAUAUAUCGGAAUGCCAAAAACUACUAAAUCCUAGCAGUGAUGUAAGUCCAAGUAUGAAGACAUUUUUAGACCGGACAAAAUUGGGAGAAAAUAAUAAAAAUGAAAUAUUACGUUCAGCUACUAGUAACAUUUUGAAUGAGCUUCGUGUAGCGAUUACUAUACAAAAAGCCUCUUCCACCACUUCUACAGACAACGAAAAGGAAAAUGUUUACGUUAAUAGCAAAAAUGAGCUCAACAAAGGUAUGGAGUAUUCAGAAAGUAUAAACUCAACACUGCUUGAAUCAAUAAGCAAAAAAACCCCAACAACACCAACAGUUAAUACUCAAACAAUAAUUGAAACAAUUGAUUUGGUUACCCCAGAAAAAGAAAUAAAAGCAAUUAUCGAUUUAACCGCAAUUGAAUCGCCCAAAAAGAUUAAUAAAGAACUUGCUGAUAUUAAAUCGGUUUCACAAAAUGGAAAUAUUAUCCCUGUGCUCACUGCCACUGACACCAAUAAAAUUAUUGAUUUAACCGUUAGUUCGCCAGAGAAAUGUGAUAAUAUAAUUAUAGCAGAUGCAAAACCCGAUAUAUCAAAAGAUGUAAAAGAACACAUACCCGAUUUAUUAGGUCACAUAGAACACGAAGUUAACGCUGAUAAACAGUUUAAGCGAAUUUCCAACGCAAUUGCAGAAGAUCAACAAAAUUUGCUGAAUAAUUCAGACGAUGAAGAAAAGCGAGAUUCACCAGAGAAACAAGAGGAACACUAUGAAAACGAUACCUUACAAAUUGAAGUACCUACUAUACCCUGGCAUACUCGUAAAAAUCUGCUCUCCUCCACUACUGCUUCUAGUUGCACUUCAAACUCAUCUAGCUUAGAAGAUAUUCAACAUUAUAUAUUGGAAUCUACAACUAGUCCAGAUACGCAAACUGGUAGUCAUCAAGUGCCACGAGUUGAAAUUCAUGAUGUAACCGGAACACUUAUGCAAACUGAUAAUUUAAUGUUAGCUGAUAAUAAAUAUGAAGAUGACAGUUUAAAUUGUAAAUACACAAAUAACAGUGAAAGUAUUAUAGUGCCAGAGAUACCUGCAGUAAAAACUACCGUUGUGGAAGAUGAUGCAGAACUAGAUGUAGAACCUGUUACUGCUACACCUGAACCAGCUGAGUGUACUAUUAUAGAAGCAAAAGAACAAGCACCGCCUUUACCAGAACAAGGUCCCCCAUUACCUGAAAAGGGACCACCCAAAAUAAAACCAGCAAACCUAAAAUUUGAUACCAAAAAUGAAAAUAAAGUUGAAAGUUUGAAAAAUUUACCUCUGGUUGUUGAGCAAUUUGCAGAGCAUACGAAAGUCAUCAAACCACUUACAUUGAACCUAAGUAAAAGUCAAAAAACGCCCACCACACCAACUGCUAAUCUCUGUACGCCUACUUCUCCUUUAAUAGAUAAUGAUAAAACUCCUACGGCAGAUUUGUUAUCAAAAGGUUCCGAUUCGGAAACAGAACCGACUGGUACGGGCCAUGCGCUAACUGAAACGGAGUUGUCUGAUUGGACAGCAGAUGAUUGCAUAUCUGAGAACUUUAUUGAUAUGGAAUUCGUGCUGAAUUCAAAUAAAGGUACAAUUAAACGUAACAAAAAAGGCAAAAGAAAAUCAAAUACGACUAAAUUGCCAACAACAAGUGAAGUUAUGUUUGAAGUAGCUAAAACAGCACCUGUUGCUGAAUUUGAGGGCAUACUCAAGUCUAUCGAUAUUGAUGAUAUUGAAUUCAUGGACACAGGUUCGGAGAGUUCAUGCGCGGAAGCUUAUUCAGCUACAAACACAGCACUUUUACGCAAUCGUGGGUAUAUUGAAUUUAUUGAAACUACUCCGCAACAAACACCAAGUCACAAACUCAACAGUUAUUCACAACAGUUAAGUAGUGAUAAAUAUGGCGCAAUCACAACGAAACGUGAUGAAAAGCUUGGUAUUGAUUACAUUGAGCAAGGCGCUUAUAUAAUGCAAACUGAGGAUAACUCUCAAGAUAUGCUUAAGACUCCAGUUAAUGAACAUCCAUCGCAACAAAUAGCUACAAUAUUAAAUGAUAAGGCAUUAACUCAAUCUGUUUCUAUUAUGACACAAUCUUUAACUGACUCAAGUACAUUGAAUGAUCUUGACGAUGACAGUCUUUGUAUAGUUACUCCUAACUCUCAAGCACAACUUUCAUCUGUGACAGCGAAAACAACAACAGAGGAAAGUGAUGCACUCACUGUCGUUACUAGUCCUAUUGAUUCUUCUUCUCCAAAAAUGCAUGAACCAACAGCUGCGCAACGUAUAGCAGGCAAGAGUCCGGAAACUGGUGGAGGUUCAACACCAAGCAGUUCUGAAAAACAACCUAAGACAUCACAAUCAACUUGCACACCCUCUAGCACAUCGAACACAAUGUCAAGUAAACCUACGCCAUCACGCCAAUCAUCACAAGAAAACUCCGCACUAGUUCACAGUAAUGGUUCAGCUGCGGGUGUGAAAAAUGCACAAAGUAAACUUUCGGAUGAGCUUUCCUAUGAAUAUGUGCGUGCACUACAACAAAAAAUUACACAAAUUAGUACAGCAAGAGAUUCGUUAGAGUCUCGAAAACAACGAAGAAAAAGUUCCAAAGGUGAAGCACCUGUCCUAGCAAUUUCUAAAAAUUCGCAACAAACUGUGAUAGAACCGACACCGCCAAACAGACUACAGCAAAAUUUAGACGAUUCUCAGACUACAACAAUGACAACACCUGCAAUCGGCACAACACAUGUAAACAGGGUACCUGAAAUACCAACAUUAACACGAAAGCUGGAGGAAAUAACCAAAGAACGCACUAAACAAAAGGACCUGAUACAUGACUUAGUCAUGGAUAAACUACAGUCGAAAAAACAAUUAAAUGCUGAGAAACGUUUACAUCGCAGUCGUCAGCGCAAUAUGCUCACAAGCGGCUAUGGCAGCGGAUCAAGUUUAAGUCCUACACCGAAAAUAGAAGCAGCAAAAUCGACAGAUGACAACAAUUGCACAAACAAAGCGCAUUACCAUGUAUCAACGGCAGCAAGUAAUGCAGAUAAUCGCACAAACUCUCAGCGCAUACUUACCGCGACUAGCACUGCCUUCAAAGAAAAUACUCCUAUACAAACCUCAGCAACAUAUGUUUCGGCAUACAACACUGGUGGUAUUAUGACUACUAAUCGAUCAAAUGCCUAUAAACAAAGACCUAUUAGUGAGCACAUACAUGGAGAAAAAUUAGAUGCCUUAGAACGGUAUAAGCUGAAUAAAACACCUUCAUUUACAUAUAGUAGCAGCAACAAUAAGCAUAACACCACAGAACUCCCAACAGCUGAAGAUAUUAAAUAUCCUAUACCAAUUGCACCGGUUAGACAAAAUCGUGGACGCAAUGCAGCAGUCACAACACCAACUGUUGAAAAUCCAUUAACAACAUCAACAGAAAAUCUGCGUAGUGAAGCACGUGCUCGAGCUCGACUAAAAUCAAACACUGAGCUAGGUUUGAGUCCUGAAGAGAAAAUGCAAUUAUUACGUAAACGUUUACAAGUGGAACACUUAAAUGUUAAGCAAAAUUCGGUAACAGCUGUAACUGACAGUGUAAGCAAUUCAACGGACUCUAAAACUGGCAAUCAAAUGCAUACAAAACCAAAGGCAAACGUAGAACACGAUCUAAGUGCACGUGAUCGUAAGAUGAGUACAUCGAAAAGUGUGAAUGAUUUAGUCUUUAUAGCUAAUCAUCAACAGAAUGCCAGAACAGAAGAUCAUUUAACUGCAACAGUAGCGAAUUCAGCAGAUUUCACUUCGGAUCCAAAUAUAUUGCUCUCCUCUACGAGUGCACAAGCUAACACAAAAACAAAAUCAAGUAGGCGUCCAAAAGAUCCAGAACGAAGAAAAAGUCUUAUACAAUCGUUGUCUAGUUUCUUCCAUAAGAGUUCUUCGUCCUCCUCCAGUCACAAUAAUAAAGAUAAGAAAGAACAAAAUAAUACUACUGCUAGUGCGACCAACUCUGCACCGGCAGAGCGUCCAAAUACUAGCGGCAGCAGCACUACUGCGUCUGGUAGUACCGAUGGUAUGUUCAGUCGUUUCCGCAUUUCACCCAAAUCAAAGGAAAAAUCUAGGUCAUUUUCCGAUGUCAGGAUUUUGGGUUUUGGUGAUAAGGACGGAUUUAUAAGGAAUACUGUGCCAACAACAACUUCAUUAUCAACCAGAACUACACCAACAAAAACCAUUGCAACGAAGUUGCCACAUGAACGCAGUAACUCACAAGAAUGCAUCCAUCAUAAGGCAACAACAUACACCCGAAACAAUCAUAGCCACCAAAACAGUAACAGUAACAAUAACAUUAACAACAAACACAACAAGAAACUGUCACCAAGUGCAACGUUUUCAUCAUCCAGUCCGCAGUUAUACUUUGCAAAUAAUAAAUUAAAUUGUGCAUCAUCAAUUCAUCAAAACGCCGAAGAUCAAAUACCGCCUCCGAUUCCGCCGCUACCACUUCACUACCAGAGAUCAGAUGAUGAGAGCUACGCUACCGAGACGCGAGAGCAUAAAAAGCAACGUGCCAUAUCUAAGGCUGUACGACAAGCUGAACUUAAGCGAUUAAGAAUCGCUCAAGAAAUUCAGCGAGAACAGGAAGAAAUUGAAGUACAGCUAAAAGAACUGGAAGCACGUGGAGUACUCAUUGAGAAGGCUCUACGUGGCGAAGAACAACAAAAUUUAGAAAAUUUGGAAGCUUCAAAUAACAUUGGCAAUAGUGAUGAAAAAUUAUUAAAAGAAUUACUAGAAAUAUGGCGAAAUGUUACUCAAUUAAAACGUCGUGAUGAAGAACUUGGAAUAAGACAACAAGAACUACAACUGGAACAUAGACAUGCACAAUUGAAAGAGGAACUUAAUUCGCGUUUAUCAAAUUGCAGUGAGUAUUAUAAAUUGCAAAUAUAAUUCCAAGAAUCAUUGGAUCAAAAUA